UUGGGAGCUGCAAGAGUGGUUGUCUACAUUCAGCUGCACAAUGUCGUUGUACUUCGCCGUAUUUGGUUUCCUUGUUGCAACUGUCCAUGGAGUUUCAGGAUGUCCUCCUGGAUUCACGGGGUAUAAAUGUGACACUCAGUGUGCGCCAGGGUGCCUCAACGGAGCCUGUACUCUACAGGACCACGGAGGAAUAGCAUGUGCGGAUGGUUGCAAUGACGGCUUCUCUGGAGAAUCCUGUCGUACCAAAUGCCCUGGACAAUGCAAACGUUGUGACAGAUAUCAGAGUGAACGCUGUCUGGAGUGCAACUCCGGCUAUUUUGGCGACUUUUGUCAACGGAGUUGCCAUACGUGUGGAGAAGCCGGGUGUGACAACGAAGGAAUGUGUAAAGAACGUCCUCAGAACUGUGAAGGGGGAGUUAUUUGUGGGAAGACGUGUAUCCAGAAAUGCCGUCUUUGCAGCCAUACUGGAACUUGCAGUCAAUGCCAGUCAAACUAUGUAGGGGAUAGUUGCCAAAAGCUGUGUUCGAACUGCCUUGGAACAUGCACGCAAGCUGGUUGUUCCGGUGGUUGCAGUUGUGGAUAUACUGGCGACUUUUGCCAGAAACAGUGCAGCAGCAACUGCCUAGAGUCUUGUAACAACAACAGAAGUUUGUUGAUGUGCGACAGUGUUGAUGGAACCUGUCUAAAGGGUUGCAAAGAUGGACAUUUUGGAGAACGGUGCCAACACAGGUGUAACAAGAACUGUAAACAGAAGAUCUGCGUUCAGGAAGGAGGCAAAUGUCGCCAUGGCUGUAACAGCGGGUACUAUGGGGAAAGCUGUGAAAACUCCUGCACCAACUGUAAGCAGGACAUGUGUACAAGAGACGGACGAUGCUAUGAAUGUAAAAAUGGUUAUUACGGUCCGAACUGUGACUUAAGAUGUGAGUCAAUAUGCACGUUGGCUUGUGAGAGGUACACUGGCGUCUGCGUGGCCCCAAACACUACCGUCGAUGUCACUAAAAAAAACCAUGGCGCUACAGGAGUGGGCCAGCUCCCCGCCGUCAGUUCCUCCACCCAGAACAGCUCCUUGUUCAAUCUGGGAGAAUCGAAAUCUGAACCCAAUGGACGUCCACACGGCAUCGUGUUUUGGUCAUGCAUUGCCGCCGCCAUCGCUGUAGCUACUGUCGUCGUCCUCACGUGCAUUGGCGUGUGCCACCAAAGAUUCAAGAAUCGGCGUCUCCGAAGGAAGGAGGAGAUGAUUCCUGUGGCUCGUAAAAUAAGCCAAGAAGACCCUGUCCCGGAAGUACCUUCCACGGCUAAUUCAUAUGCCUGCCAAAAUGACUACGAGGAAAUACCUGAAAUGUCUGAUGACGUCAGCGGUUUGACACGUUUAAAUAUCGACGAGAGCCAGGCCGUUGUGAGAGAAGAUGUCCACAUUCCAAGAGAAACCAAAAUGCCAAGGAAGGUUUAUCUGAGAGACAAUACGAGGAAUUAUAGGUCCAAGGAUGUCCAUGUGAAUAAGUACCUGUCGGUUAUGGACACUGCCCCCACUGAUGGAUACCUCGACAUCAUAGGCUGACUCCAGACGUAUAUACUAGUGGGGAUCACUGAGCAGACUUUAAUACUGGACACAUUUCGUUACAGGCUCUACAAGUAUAUACCAGUAGGGCCCGAUAAGUAUACUUUAAUACUGGACACAUUUCGUUACGAACUCUACAAGUGUAUAUCAGUGGGCCCGAUGAGCAUACUUUAAUACUGGACAC